UCCCCCAAGGUUGGAUUUGGGAUUUGGAGCCCUCCCCCAAGGUUGGAUUUGGGAUUCUAAGACUCCCCUGGAUUUGGGAUUUUGAGCCUGCCCAAGCCUGGAUUUGGGAAUUGAAGCCCCUUCCCCCCGCCACCCCUAGCUUGGAUUUGGUAUCUGCAGCCCCCCAAGGCUGGAUUUAGGAUUUUGAGCCUCCCUAACCAGACAUGUGGAAGUUUUGCAGCUCGAAAUUGGGGAGCUUUUCCUAAAUCCAAAUUGGUUUGGAUUUUGUUUGUUUGAUGUUGCCUUUUUAGGCACGGCGACUUGGUUUAAGUUCGACACGGCGGCUUUAUUUUCGGGCCAUUCGGUUUAUGUGCUCCCGGACACCAAUGUGGUGGACAGCAAAUGGCAUUUAUUAAAGGGUUACAGGGGUUUUUAUAACUUGGGCAGUCAACAUCGUUUCCUUCUGCUCACAUCUGGUAGGGUGCGGCCAGCUGCUGAGCAGAGGUUCGAUAGCUUCAACUGCAGAGGGGAGGGGUCCUUUCUAACUGUACAGCCCGUUAUCUUCUGCAUGCCUGUCCCUGACUCUCCAAAUUUUCCCCCUCCCUCAUAAUUAGUAAAAAACAUAGAAAGUGUAAACGUUAUAAAGCUACAAAGGUUAGUAAAGUUAGUAUAAAAAUUGUAAACAUGUUAGUAACAAGCACACCUCAAAGUAAUUGUCGGCGUUCGAUAAACAUUAUGUUAACUUCUUCUAAACGCUUCUUAACGAACGGCACUAAUUUGUUUAGUAUGCAAGGCCUGAAGAUUAGAGUUAGCAGGAUUAUAGUUAGAAGGUUUAUUAGGGUAGAAACUAGAGUGGUGAGCCAUGGCUCGAACUAUCUUGGUUGAGGUUUUUUUUUUUUUUGGGUUUGCUGGUAUUUUGGACACUGCCGGGCUGCUUGAUGGUUUUUUUUUUUUCCUUCUGGUAGUGGAGUGUGCGAGUUGUGGGGAUGUUUGAUGAUCUGGUCUUGUAAAUAGAAUCUCACAACUUUCAUUAGUUUUACUUUGAAGGUCUGGUUUGAUAGAUUUGAGCGGACACUAUUUAAUUUUUCCAUCUUUUUUAACGGCUGCAUACUCCUGCUUCGUGAGCGCUAGUCUCCAACUUUGUUUUUACUCUCCUCGUUCAUUUUUGAUCACUACUCGUGGGCAUUUUUUUAGUGCUCGAGUGGCCCAGUGUUUCUGGGCCGGACUGUUUGUUUUAUCUCUGUUAGGGAACUGAUUUAACGCUGGUAGCGCAGUUGCUAGUAUGCGCACCUGGUCGCUCGGGGGAAUGGAAUUGGUGAAACCUUCUGUCUUUGCUAGUACUUCUAGUUUAGUUUUUAGAGUUUGAUUUGCUCUUUUAAUGAUGGCUUGUAUGGGAUGCUAUGCACUAAGGCAAUGUUUUAUUUCAAGAUGAAUGCUUGGACUGUUUUUGAGAUGAAAUUUGGGCUGUUGUUUGUUUUCAUUUAUUUCGGAACCUUAAGCUAUGCCGUGGCUGUCAGCCAAUGUUGGAUGGUUGCUUUGGAAUAGGUUUUGAGAUGCUGUGUGGCCACAAUCAUACCGCUGUAUGUAUUCACGGUAACUGCGAGCCACACUCGGGGUUUUAACAGCUGGCAUUGUGUAAAGUUUGUCUGCCAUAUUUCUGAGGUUUUGAGGCUUUUGAGGUUGACGCUGCUUGACCACAGUGGUGAUUUCUGGCAGUGAGGGCAUGUGGCGACGACGUGCUUCGUGUCCGCAGUAGAAAUCCCCCAUUUUUUUACAAGUGCUUUAGCUCCGAUGUGAAGGGAUUUAUGCAACUGAUGGCCAUCUCUCAGUGUUUACACACCUUUUGUGGCGGCGUUCGCCUUGUCAUGGCUAAUCUGGUAAAAUCCAUUGAUCGGGUCAUGGCUGUUGAUGUGGAUGACUGAGAUGGUGCUUUUCCGUGAGUAGAGCACUUUGAUUGAUCUUAAGCCUCUCUCCGGGUGUUUCCCCGCCUCCCCGCUUGCCCGUGCCGUUCGGCGAGCUUCCUGCUUUUCCAUCCCUUACAUCAUAGCCAGUCUCAUCGCUACGAGGUUCGGCGCUAUUUUCAAAAGUGUAUGGACGCGGCUUUUCUCAACCGCUUCGGGCUUUGAUAUUAUAGCGGCGUUCCGCGCCUCCUCCGCAAGCCUCUGCCAAAACGCCUGCGCUCGCUCCCCUUCCUCAGGUGGUGAUUCCAGCCCCAGGGAUUGCGGAGGGAGUUCCAGCGAUUGCGCGUCCGUGCACUUGUCGUGGUUGAUCUCAUCCGCAGUCUGCGUUGCUCCCCCGACCCCCAGCCGCGGCGUGGCUAAUAAACAGGUCUGUCCGGCAGGGCCCUGCCCAUUAAACGGAAAAAACGGAAUAAAUAAUGGAAUAAAGAAAUGGAUCAUUCCAGCAAUUCCAGCCGGGAAUGAGCCGGGAAGAGCCGCGGGGAUGGCGCGGACCUGCCGCGAUUCCCACUUUUAUUAUUACGGCAUCAAAUUCGCGCUCUCCGCCUACGCCACGCUCUUCUCGAUCCUGGGGCUGCUGAUCCUGGGCGUGGGGAUCUACGCCGAGGCGGAGCGGCAGCGGCACAGGACCCUGGAAGGGAUUUUCCUGGCUCCAGCUGUGCUGCUGCUCCUGCUGGGAAUCACCGUGUUCCUCGUGUCCUUCGUGGGAAUGCUCGGGAGCCUCCGCGACAACCGGACCCUGCUCCGGACGUUCUUCUGGGUGCUCCUGCUGAUCUUCCUGACGGAGCUGCUGCUGAUCCUCAUGGAGAUCAUCUUCGAGAGCAAGAUGAACGAGGUUUUCCACUCCAACAUCCAGGAGGGAAUCCGGCACUACUACGAUGACCUGGACUUCAAAAAUAUCCUGGAUUUUGUGCAGGAAAAGUUUUCCUGCUGUGGAGGGGAUGAAUUCCGGGAUUGGGAAGUGAACCAGUACCACGCCUGCAACGGCAGCGGGGCCCUGGCCUGCGGGGUGCCCCAUUCCUGCUGCGUGCGCGGGGUUCCCGGAGGAGUGGUGAACACCCUGUGCGGGUACCGCGCCCUGGACAAGGAGCGCCUGGAGCUGCUCGGCACCAUCCACGUCCGGGGCUGCAUCCACGCCGUGGGGCUCUGGCUCAAGGACAACUUCCAGGCCACCUUGGCCAUCGUCUGCUCCCUGCUGCUGCCUCAGGUGCUGGGCCUGGCCAUGGCCUGGCUGCACUGGCAGCAGCUCAACGAGAUCCAUUCGCGCCUGGAUUCCGUGGAUUCGCGGCUCCUGCAGUCGCGGGAUCUCAGCUUCGCCUCCCUGGAUCUCCGCGGCGCCGGCUGGUGCUGGUGCCUGCCCAGGGAGGGCGGAUACAUCCCGGUAAAUCCCGGUGAGGACGAGGAGGAAGAAACCGCCUGCCACAGCAAGGUGUGAGGAGGACGAGGAGCGCAGAACAUGGAAAAAAAAUGGGAUUUUUCCUCUCAUCUCCUUUGGGAGAAUUGUAAAAUAAUGGGAUUUUUCUUCUCAGCUCCUGUUGGGAAGAAUGUAAAAAAAUGGGAUUAUUCCUCUCAAGUCCUGAAGUUUCUUUGGAAAAACUGUAAAAAAUUGCAAUUUUUCUUCUCUGCUCCCAAAAUUUCUUUGGGAAUACCGUAAAAUAAUGGGAUUUUCCUUCUCAGCUCCUGUUGGGAAGAUUGUAAAAAAAUGGGAUUUUUCCUCUCAACUCCUUUGGGAGAAUUGUAAAAUAAUGCAAUUUUUCUUCUUAGCUCCUGUUGGGAAAAUUGUAAAAAAAUGGGAUUUUUCCUCUCAGCUCCUUUGGGAGAAUUGUAAAAUAAUGCAAUUUUUCUUCUUAGCUCCUGUUGGGAAAAUUGUAAAAAAAUGGGAUUUUUCCUCUCAGCUCCUUUGGGAGAAUUGUAAAAUAAUGCAAUUUUUCUUCUUAGCUCCUUUUGGGAAAAUUGUAGAAUAAUGGGAUUUCUCCUCUCAGCUGCUGAAGUUUAUUUGGGAAAACUGUAAAAAAAAAGGGUUUUUUUCCUUUCUUUGGGAAGAAUGUAAAGUAAUGGGGUUUUUCCUCUCAGCUGCUGAAGUUUAUUUGGGAGAAUUGUAAAA